AUGACAAUAAUUCACCACCAUAUACAACAGGACGCGCCCGAUAGCUCUCCAUACGUCCGGAUGCCAUCACCACAUCCGGCGCCAGUCCAGACGCAAUAUAUGAGGAUGCUCCUCGCACUUGAUGCCAUCCCGCGCGUCGACAACCUGCUGGAGUGUUUCUUCACCUGUUUACUCCUCGCCGAAUUCGUCCUUUUUCAAGGAACCUUUGCGAGCUUGCAGAGUAUCAAAGUGGAUGACGGGGUCGACGGCAUCAACAGAUCGAGGCCUACGUGUCACACGCUGUGCACAACCUAUCUCUCUGACGUAAGGCUGAGCGCUUCGAUGGCGAUUACGCAGGUAUAUUUUAGCAUGGAUAUGCUGCGGAGCUGGUGUAUUCGGGACGGUUUGGCUGUGGUGGAAGUGGAGCGCAAAUUAAAUUUGGCUCCUCAACAGCAUAUUCCUGUCAGAGUGAUCACAACGCUGGCGAAUGUGAUCGGGGCGCAAGGUGAACGUUUCACGGACACUAGUCAGGCGACGCUCAUCGUGACGGGCGUAUGCACUGUGGUUUGCGGCAUUCUGACGUUCUUCUACAGCGUGUGCAAGCUGCGGCGAGUGAGGCUGGACCAUAUCCAUGAGGUGGGGAAGGAGCGUGCAGGAAAGCAUGGUGAGGGUCGGUUGGAAGAGAGUAAGGGACACGAGCCAAUACGAGAAACCUCGAUCGGUCCGCGAGUGAGAGCUUUUUGA